AUGCCCGAAAUCGUGUUGAACGGUCGGAGAAUUGGUACCAACCACCCCCCCCUCGUGAUCGCUGAGAUAGGCAUUAACCACGAAGGAGAAAUAGAAAAGGCUUUUCGCAUGAUAGAGGAUGCAAAGAAAGCUGGCUGUGAGGUUUGCAAGUUCCAGAGUCAUGUGAUUGCUGACGAAAUGAUCCCCGAAGCCAAAAAAGUAAUUCCUGGGAACACGAACGUCAGCAUAUGGGAAGUAAUGGAGAGGUGCGCUCUCUCUGAGGAAGCAGAAAGAAAAAUAAAGACGCACGUUGAGAGUCUCGACAUGAUCUUCCUUUCCACUCCGUUUUCUCGGGCAGCAGCCGAUCGGCUGAAGUCUAUGGACGUCUGUGCAUAUAAAAUUGGGUCUGGGGAGUGUAAUAAUUAUCCACUCGUCGAGCAUAUUGCCUCUUUUGGCAAACCCGUGUUUCUAUCCACUGGAAUGAACAACAUCGAGAGCAUUACACCAGCUGUUGAAAUUCUGCGUGCAGCUUCCAUACCUUUCUGCCUGAUGCACUGCACGUCAAUCUACCCAACCCCUUACAAUCGAGUCAAUCUGGGGGCUCUCGACGUCCUUGGCGCAUCAUUUCCAGACGCUAUUUUGGGUCUCUCUGAUCACUCCAAAGGGAUUUGGACAUGUGUUGGGGCUUGCGCCCGCGGUGCAGUGGUCCUUGAGAAGCACUUCGUAUCUGAUAAAACCUGGCCUGGACCAGACGUCGAAGUUUCAAUUGAUCCUGCCGAACUAUUUGAGUUGAAGCUCGCUUCUCAAGCUGUAUGGGAGGCUUCGAAGGGCAAGGAGAAGUGCAUCUUCCCAGAGGAACAAGUGACCAUAGACUUUGCCUACUCUUGCGUGGUUACCAUCGCUCCAAUCAAGGCAGGAGACACGUUUUCCAUGAAAAAUAUUUGGUGCAAGCGACCAGGAACGGGAGAGUUAAAGGCUUCGAAGUUCAGGGACAUCAUAGGGAGAACAGCUGCAAAUGACAUUCCUGCAGAUGUACACUUGAAACUCCAGGACGUCGCCGAGUGUUGA